CUCUCCAUCGUCAGCCAGCACCAGGCAGUCAAGAAUUGUCGGUACUCCAGUUCAUCAAAACAUACUAGCUAGCUUUUACCGUCUGUGCAGUGUGUCCAGCUUGGCUACUACUUGGACUUGUCGCUGUCCCCCCUCUCACUUUUCCUUCCUCUUCCUUCUUCAGUCGUCAUCCUGGAGGCAGCAUCGGCACGUAUGGCAGCUAGGGACCGCUAUGGUGCCUACGCUGAUGUCGGGCUCACACCGCUGCAACGAGCCAUUCGAAAUGCCUGUGAUUUUUCUCUCUACGAGCCCAACCUCGCCCUGAACCUCGAGGUUGCGGACCUGAUCAACUCCAAAAAAGGCAAUGCUCCUCGAGAGGCAGCGUUUGAGAUUGUCCGCCUGAUCAAUUCCCGGAAUCAAAAUGUCGCAUUGCUGGCGUUAGCGCUCCUCGACAUGUGCGUCAAAAAUUGCGGUUAUCCAUUCCACCUCCAAGUCAGUACAAAGGAGUUUCUCAAUGAGUUGGUGCGUCGUUUUCCAGAAAGACCGCCAAUGCAGCCCUCCCGGGUGCAGCACCGGAUCCUGGAGUCAAUCGAAGAAUGGCGGCAGACUAUUUGCCAGACAUCGCGGUACAAGGAGGAUCUGGGCCAUAUUCGCGACAUGCACCGCCUGCUGUUAUACAAGGGCUACAUGUUUCCUGAGAUCCGUCAUGAGGAUGCCGCCGUCCUGAAUCCAAGCGACAAUCUGCGUUCGGCUGAGGAGAUGGAGGAGGAAGAGCGGGAAGCACAAUCGGCGAAGCUGCAGGAGUUGAUCCGCCGAGGCACGCCAGCAGACCUGCAGGAAGCCAAUCGGCUGAUGAAGGUGAUGGCCGGUUUUGACACACGACACAAGACCGACUACCGGGCCAAGGCAGCUGAGGAAGUGGCUAAGGUGCAGCAGAAGGCUAAGAUUUUGGAGGAGAUGCUACAGAGCCACAAGCCGGGCGAUCGGAUUGCUGAAGGCGACGUGUUUGAGGAACUUGCGAGUGCACUUCAAAGUGCUCAUCCGAAGAUUCAGAAGAUGUGCGAGGAAGAGUCGGAUGACCCUGAGGCUGUUCAUAAACUGCUGGAGAUCAAUGACAGCAUCCACCGCACCAUUGAACGCUACAAGUUGGUUAAGAAGGGUGACUACGAUGCGGCAUCCAAAAUUCCCAAGGGUACUCUAGGUACUACGACGGGCUCGAACGGCAAUGCUCCGCUAGCGGCCGGGGGCAGCUCCUUGGAGAAUGACCUGCUUGGCUUGUCAAUAGAGGAGCCACUCCCCGCUGGAAGUAUCUCGUUGGGACCUGGAAAUAUGGCUACGUCUGCCAACCCACCGCUACAACAAGCCCCUGCAGGAUUCAAGCCUACUUACGAUAUCAUGGCUUCGUUCAAUUCAUCCCGACCGGUCUCGCAGUCGUCGACGCCGGCUCCCCGGCCACCUCAGCAACCGACUGCGACCCCGACACCGCCGCCCCCUGCGAGCGAUCCUUUUGCAGCUCUUGUUCCAUUCCCGUCCGGAGCUUCUUCGACUCAGUCACCCGCAGCUGCUUCGUCGUCUCUCCUCGACUUGGUGGGAGCUGGUCCUCCUACCACCGCAGCUGCCAGUGGUAGCAGCGCCAAGGCACAAGACGACGACGAGUGGAACUUUGCUUCCUCGCUGCCGGAGAGCAACGCCCUCCCUACUACUAAUAAGGUGCAAGUGUUGAACUCGUCUUUACGGAUUGAGUUCGUCGCACGGCGGCAUCCCAGCCAGCCCCGGCAGAUCCACGUGGUAGCCCUGUUCUCGAACACCACCGGCCAACCGCUGAACGAGCUGCACUUUCAGGUGGCCGUAGAGAAGGCUUAUACAUUGCAGCUCCGGCCGCAGUCUGGACGUGAUAUCGGACCGCUGCAGCAGAAUGGCGUCCAGCAGGAAAUGUUACUCGACGGAGUGGACGCAGGCAAGGGCAAUUCGGUCAAAAUUCGGUUUAGAGUGUCGUACAGGGUAGGCGUUGAGAGGAAAGAAGAACAAGGGAUGGUGCCGCCAUUGGGAAUUGCCUAGGGAAUGGAGAUGAUGGCCAGCAAGUUGUAAUGGAUAUCCCCAAUAUGUUUUUUCUGUGUGCUUUCCGUGGUCUCGGCUAUUUGAGAGCUGUGACGCUCGAUGGUCCGAUUCCACCUGCAAGCAUUGAUUGUCCAUAUUUCUUUUCUCUUGUUUUUGGCUGAUUGAGCAGUCUUUUCUCCCGCCGUUCUCUUUCUUUCAUGCCAAUAGAAUUGAGAGCAGACUGUUGGUUGCUGAGAUUUAGCGGUAUACCGGUAUAGUCGGUUGGUUACAGUGUUGUUUUACUUGUCUUCUGGCAUUACUAGCAGUGAUAGUACC